AUGUACGAAUCAUGGAUACCGUCUUUUUUGAGACCGGAUUUCACUUGGCCUCGACCGAUGCAGUCAACAAUAUGCAAAACAACACCUGAAAUCCCAGCUCUCCCAUGCAAGACAAGUCGCAGAGCCUACGGUCUGUUCCAUGAAAUAUUGUAUCGAUUUUCGGGCUGGUACUGUUCAUGGUUCAAUAUCCCCUUCAACACAAAUAUUGCACAAUUGCCGCUUGGUUUGGUCUUAAAGUGGACAGAUCGAACAAGCUUAGAGGAGGCCGCCGCAAUGCAAAGGGCGCGAGCUGCCGGGAUGCCUGUUCCCAAAGUUUUAUCUUGCGGGGAACACCCUCAUGCGCCCUUUAAUCGCGUUUUCUCGAUAUUAAUGACGAGAUUGCCUGGCACGCCACUUGAGAACUCAAGUGCCUAA